AUGGCAGCACUGUUUCUAGUAUAUGUUAAUAAUGCAGAGUACCAUAAGUAUCUUCUUCUACCCGGACAAUUUCUUGACGUCAACACUUUCACGACUCAUCCGUGGAUAUUUCGGGACGCUGACUCGGGUGACAAGCUCAUCGUCAGUCUCAAGGAGGUGUAUCACCCCGAAGCAGCAAAGCGUUACCCACCUCAGAGGAAUGUAGUCAGUGUCACCAUCCCAGUUUUCACGUUGAAGGAGAGAUGUCUGCAAAUAGUACGGUCACACAUUAGUACAGAAGACACCAAAUUCCUAGAGCUGCCGAAAUCGCUCGUGGAAGACAUACUGUGCCGAGACACCAGCAUUACUGACUUCGAGGACAUUUAG